AUGCUAACCGCAACGUUCUUGAUAGCAUUACUCGCGAAUUUCCAGGUCCAACUGCCGAAGAUGCUGCCAGUGUACAGUAUGCCAACUCCAACGAAAUGUUUUGCUGCCGGGACUUCCGAUUCGCUACAUAUCCCAGUUCAUAAGAUAUUUUGUCCACCCCUGCUGCACUUGAUUGCGGUGGAAUUUGCCAUUAUGAGUUGCAAGCGAUGCAUCGCGCUUGUAGGCGAAGUGUGGUGUAAACCGUAG